GACAUCCUAUUCUUGUCAGCCACAUGUACUGUUUGUGUGAGGUAGAUGGAUAUAGUGUAUUGCUGUGCAGAGGUCCUGUGUACGUGAAGCGCUUGUCCGUUAUUUCUUGUUGUCUCCAUUAGUGUCACAUGUCAUAGGUCUGCUGGGCUCUGUAGUUCCCAUUCUGCAAUCCUUUUAUAAGAUUUACAUUCGCAUCUAAGGUUCCAGGCCGGGACUCCUGUGGGUUUGAUGCUGUGAAUGUUCUCCUGAAGUGUUUGUAGUAGGAUAUUGGCGCAGGUUGUACAGGAUGGCUCCUGCCUGCAAGAGCUGUACAAAGAUAAUCACUCAGGAAGUGGCUCAGCCAAUGGCCUGAAGCAUUACAUGUGGAUUCCCGAAAGCCUCCAAUCCUGCCCCAGCUUGCAUCAGGGGAGACUGAUCAUCAGGCUGAAGUGCCAAGCCCUUUCUGUCUGAGAACUGAGACUCUGUCCUCCAUGUUUUAUAAGUAUUGACAUAUAACACUGUAACAAUGCAUCCACACAGGUAAGCCAGAGCUUGUUUUUUUGUAGUUUAUUCCCAUCUCUUGGACAUUGUGCUUUUGCAGGUUGCAUCUAUGCGACUUCUCGCGCCAAACUCACUAUACUAGCAAGUGUUUUACAUUUUGACUUUCUGAAGGGAUCACAUGGUUGGGUGCCAUUAGCCAGUGAUUGCUGCUGGGGAUACAGGAGAGGUGCUGGGGCUACACUGCACAAGUAAAUUCUCUUGUACAGAGUGGAGGGUUUCUGCACACAACCCCCCCCCCCCCCUUUCCCCUGUUCACCAAGGAAGAUCUCUGCAUUAUUGUGUAUUCCUGUGUCACAUGCUGCUCAGAGGAACAUGGAGGCUCUCUCAGCACCAGCCUUCAGCUGACGUACAGGCCACCAAGCAGAACUCCCUUAGCAACUUCCUAAAGGACAAGAACCACAUUAAUCCCGGACUAUUGCUUUAAUACUGACUACAUGGACUCUGCCAGCACUCAUGCCUGACAUACAUCUGGGGCCUAGCUUGGAUCUGCCGGAUUUCUAAGAUACCAUUGUAUCUAAAGCCUUUCUGCGGUUUACUCAGAGCCCUGUGGACAGGCACAGCCUGCAUGCUCAUGAUUCUCUUGCUUUUAACCAAAGUUCAGCUUUUUUUGAGAAUAUUUUAUUGUUCUGGAUAUAUGACUUCCUGAGGCUGGAAUCUAACCAAUAUGGAUGUCAAACAUUUGGCAGAGGAGGAAGUGAAGACUGAGCCGGAGGUGGUGGAGGGAAUGGAUGUCACCACUCGAUCCAAAGGUGCUGCUGUUACGUAUCCAGAGGGAUUGUCACAGGAUCAUGGAGACAGUCAACAGUCUAACCCAGGCUCUGCUGAGCGCCCGGGACAGAAAAGGAAAUGUCCCAGCCCCCAGCAUUCAUCAAAUGGGCACUCCCCGCAGGAUGCAUCCAGCAGCCCAAGUAAAAAGAAGAAGAAACCUGGAAUGUUAAACAGUCACAACAAAGACCAGUCAGAGCUAAGACAUGGUCCGUUUUACUAUAUGAAGCAGCCACUCACCACAGACCCUGUUGAUGUUGUACCGCAGGACGGCCGCAAUGACUUCUACUGCUGGGUUUGUCACCGGGAAGGUCAAGUCCUAUGCUGUGAGCUCUGUCCAAGAGUUUAUCAUGCUAAGUGUCUGAAACUGACUGCUGAGCCUGAGGGUGACUGGUUUUGUCCUGAGUGUGAGAAAAUCACAGUUGCAGAAUGCAUAGAGACACAGAGUAAAGCAAUGACUAUGUUGACCAUAGAGCAGCUCUCAUACCUGCUAAAAUUUGCACUACAGAAGAUGAAGCAGCCGGGGACAGAACCUUUCCAGAAGCCAGUGUCAUUGGAGCAGCAUCCUGAUUAUGCAGAAUAUAUAUUUAAUCCUAUGGAUCUUAGUACACUAGAAAAGAAUGUUAAAAAGAAAAUGUAUGGUUGCACAGAAGCUUUCCUGGCAGACGCCAAAUGGAUUUUACAUAACUGCAUUAUAUACAAUGGGGGAAAUCACAAAUUAACACAAACUGCAAAAGUAAUAAUCAAGAUAUGUGAACACGAGAUGAAUGAAAUUGAAGUCUGCCCUGAAUGUUAUUUAGCUGCUUGCCAAAAAAGAGAGAACUGGUUUUGUGAACCAUGUAGCAAUCCACACCCUCUGGUCUGGGCUAAAUUAAAAGGAUUCCCCUUCUGGCCUGCAAAAGCCCUUAGAGACAAGGAUGGGCAGGUGGAUGCCCGCUUCUUUGGACAGCAUGACAGGGCCUGGGUUCCAAUGAAUAAUUGCUAUCUCAUGUCAAAAGAGAUCCCUUUUUCUGUAAAAAAGACAAAGAGCAUCUUCAACAGUGCGAUGCAGGAGAUGGAAGUGUAUGUGGAAAACAUCCGCAAAAGGUUUGGUGUUUUUAACUAUGCUCCCUUCCGGACACCUUACACACCGAACAACCAAUACCAAAUGCUGCUCGACACCUCCAAUCCAAGUGCUGGCACUGCCAAGACAGACAAACAAGAAAAGAUAAAGCUGAACUUUGACAUGACAGCGUCACCCAAGAUUCUCAUGAGCAAACCCAUAUUAAAUAGCAGCGGAGGGCGACGGAUUUCAUUGACUGACAUGCCACGCUCUCCAAUGAGCACAAACUCUUCAGUGCACACCGGCUCUGAUGUGGAGCCAGAUGCUGAAAAGAAAGCAGUGUCCAGCCACUACAGUGCAAGUGAAGAGUCAAUGGACUUCAUCGAUAAGAGUACAGCUUCUCCUGUAUCGAUAAAGACAGGACAUGGUGGCAGCAUAUCCGGCAGCCCCAAACCCUUCUCUCCUCAGUCCUCUACCCCAGUAACCUGUAAGAUGGAACGGAACACAAGCACAGGCAGCAUCCUCAACCUCAAUCUUGAUCGCAGCAAAGCAGAAAUGGACUUGAAGGAGCUGAGUGAGUCUGUGCUUCAGCAGUCCACAGCUACACCACUCAUCUCUCCCAAGAGGCAAAUCCGCAGCCGCUUCCAGCUCAAUCUGGACAAAACCAUCGAGAGCUGCAAAGCCCAACUAGGCAUUAAUGAAAUUCCAGAUGACUCUUAUGCUACAGUGGAACACAGCGAUUCUGAAGAGUCAGAGAAGACUGAUUCUAGUGACAGCGAAUACGGGAGUGAGGAGGAGCAGAAGUCAAAGAAUGAGCAAGAUGAGGAAGACAAGGAAAGUGUAAAGGAAAAGGAAAUCUCCCCUUCACCCUCGGUAAAGAAAAAAUCCAAGCCCUCUGUCCCAGCAGAUGCGAAAGGUGAAGCAAAAAAUGCUACUGCAACAACAGAUAAAGUGGACACCACAGGUAAGGAGAAGCUGGUGUCCACUGUAGAGAAGGAUGUUCCUGACAAAAGUAAAUCCUUGCCACACUCUGCAAAAGAAAAGCUAAAGGGAAAAGAUGAGACUGACUCCCCCACUGUACACCUCGGACUGGACUCUGACUCAGAGAGUGAACUGGUUAUUGACUUGGGUGAAGAUCACCCUGGACGGGAAGGACGUAAAGCCAAAAAGGAUCCUAAAAUAAUUGGAGCAAAACACCCAGAAAGUGCAGUUAAAUCUACAGUGGCAGCUAAUGCCAGCAGCCAGCCAGCAGUGGAGACCCCCAUCAUGACCCGCUCAGCAUCCCAGGCUGCCCCUGCAGUGGGGGUAACAGUGACUACAAGUUCUGCAACAGCUGCAAGCACUCCAACAGCAGCCACCGGCAGCCCAGUGAAGAAGCAGAGACCCCUGCUCCCCAAGGAGACAGUCCCCACUGUGCAGAGAGUGGUGUGGAAUUCUUCCAGUAAGUUUCAGACCUCAUCCCAGAAAUGGCACAUGCAGAAAGUUCAGAGGCAGCAGCAACAACAACAACAACAGCAGCAGCAGCAGCCGAGCACACCUGCGCCGUCACAGUCUCCACAAGGGACGAGAUACCAGACACGGCAGGCUGUGAAAGCUGUGCAGCAAAAAGAAGUCACACAAGCGACAUCUACAUCUACCAUAACUCUGGUGACCAGUGCUCCUCCACUUGCCAUGGUGACCAGCCCAGGACAACCACUGACCACAUCAAUCACCAGUGAUCUGCCCAUCGCUACUGCCUCAGCCGAUGUUGCUGCUGACAUUGCCAAAUACACCAGCAAGAUGAUGGAGGCAAUUAAAGGCACAAUGACUGAAAUCUACAAUGACCUCUCUAAGAAUUCGACUGGUAACACCAUAGCUGAGAUCAGACGGUUGCGAAUAGAGAUUGAAAAACUUCAGUGGCUUCAUCAGCAGGAGCUGUCUGAGAUGAAACAUAACUUGGAACUCACCAUGGCAGAAAUGCGUCAGAGUCUGGAGCAGGAGCGAGACCGUCUGAUUGCAGAAGUAAAGAAACAAACUGAGCUGGAAAAGCAGCAAGCAGUGGAUGAAACCAAGAAGAAGCAGUGGUGUGCAAAUUGCAAGAAGGAAGCCAUUUUCUAUUGCUGCUGGAACACCAGCUACUGUGACUACCCCUGCCAGCAGGCACACUGGCCCGAGCACAUGAAGUCCUGCACACAGUCAGCCACUGCAACGCAGCAGGAAGCUGACCCUGACCUCAGCACGGAUAAAACUGCACAAGCUUCAACGGUUUCCCAGCCACAGCCUGCUGAAACCUCCACAACGCCGAAAGAGAAGGAUGGCACAGCUGAUAAGAGCAAAGAGAGUGUCACUAUAGCAACAGGUGUGGCAAGCAGCCAGCCAAUAAAACUGGUCCACGUGCCGCAGAGCGCUGCCUUUAUCCCAACUACUCAGUCCACAAUUACCAUCCCGGUGGUUGUGAGCCCCAAUGCUGGAGCAGUGGCGGUAAGAGCCGGCGUCCAGUAUGUGCAGACUACCAUGCCGGUCCAGGUGAGGAGGGUGUGACCUGUGAGCAGCAAGACCAUACGGAAACACUACAUUGUAAACGGGCAGAGCACGCACCUCGUCUUGUUUGUAAAUAAUGUACAAUCUGUGGAUGUGAUUCAGAGUAGAACCAUCUUUUUAUAUUUGUAAUCACUUUAACUUAAGAACAUUUAUCCGGAGCUGUGACAUCAAGACGCCGAUUAUAAUAGAUGCUGCUGACCCCCCGACCCAAGCACAUGGAGCAGCUAGAACAACAUGGUAUAGAUAAAAAUAAAUCGGAGUACAAAGAAACAGAGAAUACCAUUCUCAUAGCAGGAGGCCACUGCGUUCAGCACUUCUUACUAAUAAUCGGAAAUGAACAUAAGCCUCCAUGUUUAUCUGUGAACAACACUGCAAGCAAUUCAUGGCGACACCUUCAGUCUGUUACGUUGAUGCCACAGGUUCGCUCUGUAUCUAUGUACAAUCACUGCUGAUGUCUGUAUAUGAGGACCCUCUGUAUAAUAUCAUUCCAGUGCCACGCAUUGUACAUUCUCACCCUGUUGAUUUUCACCAUUGUGCAUAACGAAGACAGUGUGUACAGUAACCGGCAGCAGAACGCCUGCAAUCCUGAGUGAGAGGCAAUAUCUGUGGCGAGUGGUUUGGUGUGUGGAACUGGCCGGCUUUCCCUUGUGAAACAUAAUUGCUUUUAGCAUAUGGAAGUAUUUUUUCACAUUUUCUUUGUAUAAAAUUUGUAUUAAAUCCAAACAUUUCCUUUU